GGAAUCCACCUGGGAAAAAAUAACUUCAUAGCCCGAUCCUGCCUGGACUAUUUAAAAAAUGGAGUGUUUGAAAACGGUUUCUAUUGGCUUUUCGACGAUAAGUACCAACGAUACGUUGCUUACUGCGACCUUGAAUCGGAGCCGGGUGCAGCCUGGACCCUUGUCAUGUCUUGGAAUCGAGCGUCCAGAAGCCUACGCCAAUUCAGAAGCAGCACUUUUGCACAAGACGCACCAAUUAACCACAAGACGCCGAACUGGGACUCAUACCGACAGACGCUCUCUCGGAUGAAGGGCCUCCGCAGUACAUCGACACACUGGCGAGCAACCUGCAGCUUCAAUCACCUUGAUAACAUAGAUUACCGAGACUACGUAAGGGGAAGUUUCAGCAACAACGAUAUCAUGGGUUUUCUUGGACACGGCCAAUGCCUGUUGGUGGACUACGUAAAUAUCCGUGGACAUGCAGCUGGGCCUGGUACAACAGCAAGGUUCUGGCAGGUUCAUAACACCUACAUGCUUCACAUCGACAGCAGUGCUACUGGCUGUGGGUUCGUGCCCACUGCUGGGUCUUCACCCAGUGAGGACAACUUUGGUUUUAACCAGGCUUUCAAUACCAAUUUCCGUUGUAACGGAGGCGAUUUUUCCACAACACAGUGGUGGUUUGGUGGAUACCUGGCUGAAUAA